CUCCCGGCUUGACGCCCCCACGCGGGGUGAAGCGGCUCUUGGGGGCAUCUCAGCGGGUCCUGACGUGUGCCAUGUGACUUGCAUUCACUAAUAAGGAGAUCUGCCGAAGCUUGGGGGCUUAUGGGGACACUCCCGAAGAGAAAGACAGGCCCACCAGGACGACGAUGAAUGAAUCGAGUGGAUGGAUGAAUGACGGAGUCUAGUUUGUUUGGAGCGCGUGCGGGGUCUCGCAGCUAUCUCGCUGUAUUGUCCCCCGAUCCCCCGAGGAGGCAAUACCGCCGAAUCCGACCCCCAAUAUCCCGGCAGCCUAUAUAACCAAGCUAUCGCUGCACUAUCUCUCUCCGUUUUAGAAGGGUCUAGACUUUGGCAACUCCUAUACGCGCACGGGCAAUCUCUCGCAACAGGCGGAGCGUAGCAUCGAGAUAUCGAGCCAUCCACCCACAGACAGGCCCCAUCACCAUGUCGCAACCCGCACAACCCGCGCCGACGGACCUCUACCCCGGCCGGCGCUUCGCCCAGAUCGUCAAGCUCAAGCCCGAGCACCUGGACGAGUACCGGAAAUGCCACGCCGCCGUCUGGCCGCAGGUGCUGGACCAGAUCAAGGAGUGCAACAUCGCCGACUAUAGCAUCUUCUACGACGACAAGUCCCACAUCCUGUUCGCCUCGUUCCGCUACGUCGGCACCGACUACGACGCCGACAUGGCUCUCAUGGCCGCCAACCCCCGCGUCCGCGAGUGGUGGCGCAUGACGGACGGCUGGCAGGAGAGUCUUGUGCCCGGGGCUGUGAGCUCAGAGGCCGGCGAGCCGAGUUGGUGGAAGCCCGUUGAGGAAGUGUUUUACUUUCCGUGAUGAGGCAUUUCAAGGCGCUAUGUUAGACAAUGGCUCAAAGGACGAGGAAGAGCUGAUGGUGACUUGAGACGGUAUGGUACCGAGACAAGGGUUGCGAGUAAGAGGUGAUUCUUCAACUCACUAACCAAAAAGCAUAACUUCACAA